AGCCUUGUGUUGGGCUCAGCUCAACCAUGUUGCCGGCCAUGGCGCAAGGAUACCUCUCCCAGGAGAACAGUGGUUCCGUUGCCUGGCCAGACUCAGCUUUGAAGGAGAACGCAUGUGAGGACUCUCUGAAAGCCAUGGGUGAACUUCGUGCCUUUGAGGUCGCCAGCACCUGUGCCACGGAAUCUGAUCAGAGCAAAGGGCUGCCCGGGAUUUCCGAGAACUGGAAGAGAGACUUUGACUCCUUUAACAUCUCGAGCUUUGGUAUGCUGGACCUGGAGCGAUUUCAGUUCCAGCAUGUGCUUCGUCCAGCCUCCGAUGGUUUGCAUGCCCAGAUCGAAGUGCAUUUGGACCGUGUGGAGGGCUCUAAGGUGGUGGCGAAACGCUUUCCAAGGGGGUAUCUGAAAGACAGCCCAGCUGAAUUCCGAGAGACCAGUGACAGUGCUGAGGAUCCAUGGACCGAGAUGUUCCUAGCUGUGAAGCUGGGUCAGGUCCCUCGCACACGUGGGGUCCUGCCGUGCCAUGGGGUCUUCAUUGAUCCAGGAUCUGGCGAUGUGAUGUUCAUCAUGGAAUACGCGGCCUCCGGCGACGUCUUCGAAUUAGCCAGCUGCUUGGGCGAGCCAGGGCCCGAGCGAGAAGCCAAGGCGGCCCAAGUCUUGUGCUCCUUGCUGGAUGCAGUGAAGCGGCUCCAUAGCAUGGGGGUUGCCCACUGCGACAUCAGCGCCGAGAACGCGAUUCUACGCAUGGACGAUGGUGAGUUUGAGGUGGCCUUGCUAGACUUUGCCAUGGCGGUCUACACAGAUUUACACGCCGCGUCUGGCGCCCGCGGGAAGCUCAUGUACCGCGCUCCGGAGGCGGUCAAGGACGACGCCAUCUUUGACGCACGACAAGCUGACUUGUUUGCCUGCGGAGUGGUGGGCUACGCCUUGGCCAUUGGAAACUACCCAUGGCAGAGCACCGCAGGAGGUUGCAAGGCCUUCGAUUAUGUGAAAAAGAAUGGAUUGGCCCGGUUUUUCCAGAAGCGCACGAUCCCUGUGGGAUCGGCAAAGGUUCCCGUGGCCGAGAUCUUAUCGCCAGGAUUUCAAGCUGUGCUCGUUGCACUCCUUGACUUGGACCCUGGCAACCGCUAUGACCUCUCCGAGAUGUUGCUGAAACUCUGAGAGGUCCCCAGGUUUUUUGCGCCCAGUGCAGGAGGUGAGCGACGCUUUGACUCGCUGCUCGCUGCCGAGAAGGGCCACCGGCCAGAAACGAUGGCUUUUCCCGGCACGAAAAGGGCGGUC